UUGUUGCAAAGAGAAAACUUCUGUUUGCUAUAAAACAUUAAUCCGGUUUGUUACUAAAUUUGUGAAUAAAAACAAGCAAUGAGGCAUAAAAAUAAUAAAAUAAAUUCAAUUAGAUAUUAAUACGAAAUCAAUUGAUUGUGUGCAGCGUUUAAACAAUAACCACCCCUUUAAAACUUAAAAAUGUGGAUAAUCAACGCGAUUGUGGUGCAUUUAUUAUUACUUGGCUCCAUAUUUGUUAUAUAUUUUCGUUCACCAAUCAUAGCUGGUUUGCAGCCGCAAAAGCCAAUACAUUUGGAAGCGCCUGCAAAACGACUAGUGCUCAUUGUGACUGAUGGUUUGCGUGCAGAAUCGUUUUUUCGUAAUGGCUGUGAAGACAUACCAAAUUUAAGUAAAUUAAUAUUAAAAACAAAUGGUUUGGUGGGCAUUUCACAUACGCGUGUACCAACUGAAUCAAGACCCGGUCAUAUAGCGCUCAUCGCUGGUCUAUAUGAAGAUCCAUCGGCUGUAACACGCGGUUGGAAACGUAAUCCUGUCGAUUUUGACACCGUAUUCAAUCGCAGUCGGCAUACAUACGCUUGGGGCGCUGCAGAUGUGCUGCAUAUAUUUUCACGUAUGGGUGGCAUAGAGAGUGAGCAAAGGCUACUUAUUGACGCAUAUGACCACGAACUGGAUUUCUCUGGUCGUGAUAAAACCUAUGAAUUAGAUGACUGGGUAUUUGAACGUGUGCGCCAACUACUCGCACGCAAGCGCGUGGAGCUACGUGAGCAGAAGCAAAUUAUUUUCUUUUUACAUUUGUUGGGCUUAGAUACGGCUGGGCAUGUGCAUAAGCCUGGAACGCCAAAUUUCUUAGAAAAUUUGCAUCGCACUGAACGAGGUAUAACGGAGUUAUAUGAGGAGUUCGAGAGCGUAUUUCCAGAUAACCGCACUGCUUAUGUGUUGACUUCCGAUCAUGGCAUGACAAAUGCGGGAUCGCAUGGCUCCAGUGACGCAUUUGAGACUGAAACACCGUUCUUCCUUUGGGGCGCCGGUGUUACUAACGAUAUUAGCUGUGAAAAUAAAUAUAAAAUUGGCGACGACAUCACGCGUCCCCGCUGUAACAUGCAACAAGCGCAAAUAGCCCCAAUUAUGUCAGCUUUAAUUGGCAUUGCGCCACCAAUGAAUAACGUUGGUAUACUGCCGUUACAAUACUUAAAUGCUACGCCCGAAUAUAAAUCGCACGCGGCGCACAGCAAUGCUUUGCAGCUUUUAGCACAAUUUCAAGCGCUUUUGACAACACAUCAGCGUGGACUCUUCUCAGGUUAUCUAUUAGGUUACAAUGAACUCAAUGAAGCAGUUAUUGCACAAUAUUUAGUGCAUACAGAAAAGUAUAUGCGAAAUGGUCAAUAUGAGGAUGCAAUUAACGGUAGUUAUAACGUAAUGCAGCUUGCUUUAAAAGGCAUCGAGUAUUAUCAGGGUUAUUAUCGACGUCCAUUGCAGCUUAGCACCACAGCCACCUUUAUAUGUUGGAUUAUCUAUUGUCUACAAUUGCUACUAGGACAACAACAAAUGAUGAAGCGUUCUCAAGGCCGAUUAACGGUAACAUUUAAGCAAAAGCUGGGUCUACUUGUCACCUGCGUGUUGCUGCUAUUGCAGCGUGUGCCAUUGGUGAUAGCGUUUUAUCUGCUGCUACCGUUACUAGUGUGGCUGUUGUUAGUGCAGAAGCAAGGCAUCUCUUUACUGCCACUCCUGCGUGCUAUGCCGCUAAUACAAUUGUUGGCGUUAGUUUUGUGCGCCGAAUUGUUUGUCUACAGUUUCUUUGAGCGCAAACUUAUUUCCCUAAGUUUUCUCAUUUACUCAGUAUUUAUUAAUUUACGCGCUUUUCCAGCUAAAAAUGUCAAGUUUUACAUAUGGCUUGUGUUAAGCUUAGUUUUGGCUACAUUUCCGCUGCUGCCGCCAACUCUUGGCUACACAAACACAUGGUUGCUGCUGCUCGGCAUGUGCGUCACGUUGCUGCGCCCAUUUGCCGUUAAGUCACACAUCCAUUGGCAUAUAAAAGUGCCAGCGUUGGUGUGCUUAAUCAACGCUUUGCUUGUCAGUUACUGGCAUGCACAACAAAGCGGUGUACCAUUCAUAUCGCACGCACUCUCCUGGUGUUUUCUGUUGUAUAUUUUUGCUUUAAUUACUUUUCAUCGAACGUCCGUUUUGAAGCAACGCAUUGAGCUUUUAUUUUUCCUUUUAACCUCCCUGUACACUUUACUCUGCACAUCCUAUGAAUCGCUUUUCAUUGUAAUGCUCUCUUCAGAGUUGAUGCUCACACUGGCCGUGCAGCCCAUGCAACUGCCUUUAUCACGCAGGCUAAGUGACUCCCAACCGCAAAGUCGGAAAGGACAGCCGCUGGGCGUCAACUCACCACAGCAAUUGCAAGCGGCGCUCAAGUUGUCCUUCACCAUAUUACUCUAUACACUCUUCUCCUUUUUCGGCACCGGCAACAUUGCAUCGGUCAGCUCCUUCGAUCCGAAUAUUGUGCGCUGCUUUUUGAGCACUUUCGCGCCUUUCAUUAUUAUGGCAUUGGUCAUAUUGAAAUUAGUCAUUCCAGUUGUGUUGAAUAUAACAAUUAUUUAUGGCAUGUCGUCAUUCGCACGCGCCAAUGAGCAGGCCAUCUUCAUUUGUCUGCUGCUAAUCUGUGAUGUGAUGGGUUUGAAUUUUCUAUUUUUGGUUAGAAAUGAAGGCUCAUGGCUGGAAAUUGGCACAUCGAUUUCGCACUUUGUCAUUAUGGAGGUGACCACAGUGGUGCUGGUGAUUUUCACAUAUUUCGCCAAAUUGUUGUUGCGUUUAAAUGAAAAGGUGCAAAAUGUGGAGUAGGAGAUAAUUUAAGUAGUAUUAUUUAUGUAAAAAAAUAUGUACAUAAUUAUUGUUUUUUAUGUUGUUAUUAAGCUGUAUAUUAUUGUAUAUUAUUUUCAUAAUUAAAUUUUUUAAAUUUUCAAAAGAAAAUUUUAUGAAAUCGAAAAAACAAAAUUGGCUUUUUAUGUUUUUAUGUGGUUGCUGCUCAGAUCACCUUACGGAAUCGAUGUUCGGCAACGCUUACGUCCGUAGGAAUGGGUAAUGCGGUGCUCUCGAAAAAUUCUGUGAAGCCGACUAAGUUUGCUUUGUUAAUGUUAAAAAGGGUGCGGUUGCUCACAGAAAUCGGACAAAGUCGGGAGGUUUCUCGAUCGAAAUAAUUGUGGGUAAGCGGUCUGAUGCAAGAAUUAGCAUAGGUCACCAGAUUAUACUAUUUAUCAGAUCACCACUAGCAAUGGUAUCUAAUAUCGGGCGAUCUAAUACAGGUGCCCAUAAUUCUGGCGAAGGGUUCGUUAUUCAUUGAGCAGAAUGUCGAAUCGUCUAUUUGCUCCUCCAGUUCGAUCUCUCUACAAUUAUUUGACAGGCAGGAAUGCUAAAGGUCGUGGUGCGCGUUAAAGUCGCCUAGUACCAAACGGUUUUCACCACGAAGUAGGGCACCUAUGUUCGGGUAAUAUCCUGUAUGCUACUAUCUCCUCGAUUUUUUCUUUGGUAUCCGUUGCAGUUGAAUUGUUAAAUCCGAAGUCCUCUGUUGGCCACUCCUGUUGGCAAUACAUCACAUAUACAUGUAUUGCAUAGCCGUCGAGGCUGGAGUCGCAGUAGUGCGUUGGCAGCAUGGGGCCUCGUAACUCGUGGUCCACUCCCUGUGUGUCUUAAGGCCUGAGUAGGUCUGCAUCUUACCGAGGUGGAGCAAAAAUUUUUGUACCACUUUUUUGGCUGUUUCUAAUAUUUUUAAAAUAAUAAAAAUUUAAAUUUGUAGAUAUGGAUAUUUCAGACAUAAGCAAGUCCAUUAAGAAGACACUCUGAAAAUUUCAGGUAAAUCGUUCCAGUAACAAAUGAGAAAUUGUGGGUAUCAUUUCGAAAUACACAGUUCCGAGAAAAACACGUUAAAAUUUUCGCGUAAGUUUUCUAAAUAUUUUAAAUUAAAAAUAUUGCGAAUUUUCCGUUCAAUUAA